AUGGCCUCUAUUCGCGUUCUUUCCUUCGAUGCUGAGGGCCGUCCCGUGCAGUUCACUUCCUGGCUCGACGACCUGCAGUUGUAUCUUAUGAGCAAUAGCACGGACCACAUCUCCCUCUAUGACUACGCGUCUGGUGCUGCCGCUGCUCCUGCUGCCACAGCCGAGCUUAGUGUACGUUCACAGUGGCAGACUCGUGACGCUGCAGCUCGCCUGGCUAUUCGCAGUCACCUGCCGUUAGCUGAGCUAGAGCACUUUGGCGACUGCAAAACCGCUAAAGCCCUAUACGACGCUGUCGUUGCUCGCUACUCCUCACCUGCCACAGCCGAGCUUAGCCGUCUCAUGCUGCCUUACCUGUUCCCUGACCUGUCCACCUUUGCUACAGUCGCCGAUCUUAUCACCCACCUUCGCACUAGUGAUGCUCGCCUGCGUGCCGCCCUUCCCACCGAGUUCUGCUCUAAGAACCCCCCUCCCCUGUACUGGGCACUCCACUUCAUAGUCACCCGUCUCCCUGACACCCUCAGCUCAGUGCGCGACUAUUUCCUUGCUCGCUGUCCCACUGAGCUCACUGUCGCCCUCCUAGAGGAGAAGCUGCUAGCAGCCGAGAAGAGCAUUGUAGCUGUAGGUGCUGCUCGCGGCGCUCCUCGCACCCCCAUCUUUGAGGGGUGCUCUCCCUCUCCCCUCGCUCCCUCCUAUGCUACUGCUGCUGCUGUUGACUUCCUUGGUGCUGAGUCUGCUGGCGCUGCUUCUGCUCCUGGUGGGAGGCGCCGCACCGGCAAGGGCAAGGGGGGCAAGGGUGGCGGGGGUGGCGCUGGGGGGGGAGGGGGUGGGGGAGGUGGGGGGGGAGGCGGUGCUGGAGGGAGCGGUGGCGGGAGUGCCGGUGGGAGUGGGGCCGGCGGCGGAGGCGGGGGCGGCGGCGGGAGCAGUGGCGGUGGUGGCAGCGGCGGCAGUGGCGGCGGUGGCGGUAGUGGCGGUGGCGGUGGCGGUGGUGGCGGUCGGAGCGGAGGUAGUGGCGGCGGUGGAGGUCGGAGUGGAGGCACCGGCUCGGGCCAGAGCUCCCAGCAGCAGCAGCGUCCCCAGUCGACCCAGCAGCUUCGUGAGUGGCUUGCUCAGCGUGGGACGUCGGGGGGCAGUGGCCGCUGUUCCUAUGUCAUUCGCACAGGUGAUCGCAAGGGGCAGACGUGUGGAAAGUUCCACACUCAGUACCGCUGCUUCUUCCGCCUUGACGACGCUUGGCGUGAGGAGAUGGGCGAGGAUGUUGAGCGCCCUCGCUGGGCUGAGCUGAUGAGGGCUGGUGUUGAUAUCUUUGCUCUUGACUAUGAUGCUAUUAUUGCUGCCAUGUAUGCAUUGACUGUUAGUGCCGAGGGAGACUGUUACUUGUGUGUGCCGCCUGACCCAGGUAUAGGGCCCGCUGCCCUAGGUACUAGUGAGUCUGCUCUCUCUGGUAUGGUGCCCCCUGUACCUGCUCCCUCCAGCACUGUCCCUGCUGCUUGCGAGUCUGCUCUCUCAGGUACAGCACCCACAGAGACUGCUCUCUCAGGUACUGCACCGGCUGAGACCUGUCACACCUUCACCCUUGACUCAGGUGCUUCCCGCUGCUUCUUUCGAGACAGUACUGAGCUCACACCGCUUCCUGCACCGGUCCCAGUCUCCUUGGCUGACCCCUCUGGGGGCCCAGUCCUUGCCCAGUCCACCACUGUGCUCCCUUGUCCGGCGGUUCCGUCUGGCUCGUUGACGGGUUUCCACCUCCCCUCGUUCUCGACGAACCUGGUGAGCAACGCUGUCAUCCAGGAUCAGUGGGUUGACACCUUUACCCCUGGAGGACAGCGUGUGGCGAUCUGCACGUGCUCCAGGACCGGCCGUCACCUGGCUACGUUUACUCGUCGGCCGGGGUCGAGUCUCUACACACUGACCACUACGUCUCCUCAGGUCGCUGCUGUCGGUCAGGUGUCCGCGUCAGGUCUGGUGGCCCACGCCUGUGAGUGUCGUUCCCUGUCGCACCAGACUCUUCUCUGGCACCACCGCCUGGGUCACCCCUCCUUGCCACGCCUCCGUGGCAUGCACCGUCGCCGCCUUGUGUCUGGUCUUCCCAGGUCCCUCCCUCCUCUCCCUUCCUCGCCUGCGCCGCCUUGCCUUCCUUGCGUCGAGGGGCGGCAGCGCGCCGCUCCUCACUCCUCCUCGUUCCCCCCGACAGAGGCUCCUCUGCAGACCCUCCACCUGGACGUGUGGGGCCCAGCCCGCGUUCGUGGCCAGGGCGGUGAGCGGUACUUUUUGCUGGUUGUCGACGACUACUCGCGUUACACCACGGUCUUCCCCUUGCGCACCAAGGGUGAGGUCCCUGCUGUUCUGAUCCCUUGGAUCCGCACAGUUCGUCUCCAGCUCCGCCGCCGUUUCCGGACGGAUCUUCCUGUCCUGCGUCUGCACUCUGACAGAGGUGGUGAGUUUUCCUCCGACCUCUUGAGGACCUUCUGUCAGGCGGAGGGCAUCGAGCAGACCUUCACGCUUCCGGACUCCCCACAGCAGAAUGGGGUUGCUGAGCGCCGCAUUGGCCUGGUCAUGGAGGUUGCUCGUACCUCCUUGGUCCACGCGGCGGCUCCCCAUUUUCUGUGGCCGUUUGCUGUCCGGUACGCCGCGCAUCAGCUCAACCUCUGGCCCCGUGUCUCCUUGCCGGAGACCUCGCCCAUACUGCGUUGGACGGGGGAGGUUGGCGAUGCGUCGCGCUUCCGGGUGUGGGGUGCUCGUGCCCUUGUCCGCGAUACGUCCGCGGACAAGCUCUCCUCCCGCACGCUUCCCUGUGUCUUCCUUGGCUUUGUCCCUGACGCGCCGGGCUGGCAGUUUUACCACCCCACCUCGCGCCGGGUCGUGAGCGUCCUCCUCCUGUCCCAGGCACUCACUACAUGA